AUGGAUUUUGAACAAACACAAGUUCUAGACUUUGAUGGAGAUUUUGAUGAUGGAGAUGAAACUGAUGAUGAAGAUGCAGCCAAAAAGCCGGUUGCAUACUUGAAAGUAAAAAGCCAAAAAGAAUUUGAAGAAAAAGUGUUUGAAAUAUAUGAAGGUGAUAAUGUGAUAGGACGGCAUGAGAUCGCCUGCAGUGUCUGGAUUCCACUCAAGGCGCUCUCUCGAGAACAUGCCUGUAUAGAGGUUAAAGGGGACUCACAUUUCAUCUAUGACAAAGGAAGUAGGAACAAAACCAGACGAGGAAAGGUUGUGCUGAAACCUGAUGUGAGGUAUGAAUUAACAAGUAAAACCAGUGUCACCUUUGGAGAUGUGGAGGCAGUAUAUUACAUCGGAGAGGAGAUUAAUGACAAAGGAUCUGAGACUGGUUCAGAGCAAUUCCAGACAGCCCCUAUGGAAGAUGAGGGUAUUGACACUGCUGAUAAGGAAGGGACUACAUUACUUGUAACAGAGGAGGAGGAAGAUUAUGAUAGUGAUGCCAGUGUUGAUCUUCUGCAACCAACACAGGCCUACCAUUCAGGAAGAACAUUAAACCUGGCACCAGAUUCAGAUGAAGAAGAAGGCCCCCAUCACAAAACUAAUGUGACUGUACAAGACACACCUCUUCCACCAAAACGACCUGGGGCUGUAGGCACUACAACCAUGUCCACAUUAGUACUGCCUGAAUCAGACUCAGAUGAUGAGGAAGAAGAUCGAAGAAAAGCCAGAGCUAUACAAAGUCUACAGACACAAGUUGUUGCAGAUACCCAGGAGGAGGAGACAGAGGAGGAAGGAGAGGAAAUCAGCAAGGUCUGCCCAGCUAUGUUUGGAGCCACACAGGCAUAUGUCAUGGAAAGUGAAUCAGAUGAUGAUGCUACUGAUGAUGAGAAUGCUAAAAAUGUAUCCCCUGCCAUCUUUGCCGCAGAAACUCAAGCAUUUACUGAUGAAGGCGAUGUCCAGAAGGUUGCAGAUGAUCAAAAACCUGUGAAGACCUUUGUUGCAGACAGUGAAGAGGACAGCAAUGAGGAGAAUUUGAAAGAGUCUAUGAUAGAUGAUGAGACUGAGGGAGAAGACGAAAACAUAGAUGUUAGUCAUAUCUUUGCUGCAUCGACCCUGGCCUGUGACAUGGCAGACACAGAGGAGGAAGAAGAAAAUGGUGAGGUCAAGGAGGCCCCACAGGCAUUUACAGAUGUGGCAGAUGGUGAUGACGAUGUUGCAACACAGAUGGUGAAUGAAGAUGCUACCCAACUGGUAGUGGCCACCAAGGUCAUUGAAGACCGGGAUGAGGAGGCUACUCAAGUUGUUGAGGAGGAGGGGAAAUCAGAAAACACUGCUACGCAAUGUCUUCAGGAUGCAACAGUGGCUGUUGUCACAGAUGAUCCAACUGUGGCAGUAGCUGAAGGUGCCACUGUGGCAGUUACUGAGGAUGCAACUGUGGCUCUUCCAGAAGAGGAAACUAUGGUAAUAGAAGAAACAGAGAGAUUUUCUCUCAAGAAGGAUGAUGCACUGUCAGUUACAGAUUCCACAACGAAAGUUACAGAAAAUGCUACAGUAGCAGUUAGAGAAGAUGCCACAAUGGCUGUCACUGAAGAUGCCACAAUGGCUGUCACAGAAGAUGCCACAAUGGCUGUCACAGAAGAGGCUACUAUGGCUGUCACAGAAGAAGCAACAGUGGCUGUCACAGAAGAGGCCACAAUGGCUGUCACAGAAGAGGCUACUAUGGCUGUCACAGAAGAAGCAACAGUGGCUGUCACAGAAGAGGCCACAAUGGUUGUCACAGAAGAGGAGGUCACAGUGGCUGUCACAGAAGAUGCCACAAUGGCUAUCACAGAAGAAGCCACAGUUGCUGUCACAGACCAAGCCACAAUGGCUAUCCCAGAAGAGGCCACUCUUGCUUUUGAAGCAACAGUAGGUGUUACUGAUGAUACAACUGCAGUAAACCAAGAAGGAGACACUCAGGGUAUAGAUGAUGCCACAGAUGUAGAGAAUGAUGCCACACAAGUUAUAGAAGAUGGGAUUGAUGAUGAAGAAAAAAGUAGAGGAAGACCAGGCAGCAAAAGUAACACAAAGAAAGUUAUUGCAGAGGAUGUCACUCAAGAUAUGGAUGAUGUAACAUCAGGUGAGGAUGAGGCCACACAAGUUGUAGAGGAUAUUAAUUUACCAGAACAUAUGCCAGAUGGAAAAAAGGUCAGGGGAAGCAGCAGAAAAAGAAAAGGUGUUAAGGUGACUGAGAUAGACACCAGUAACAUUGUAAAUGACAAUGCUGCUGAAGAUGAAGCCACGCAAGUUAUUGAUGAUGCUUGUGUUGAAUCUGAAAUUCAGCAAAAAGUUUCCCUUAAAUCCAAAGCAGCUGUAGGUCAAAGAAGAAAAAGUAAAGCAAAAAAGGCAGAAGAGAAGGUUACACAGGUUAUAGAGGAUGCUGAAAUAGGUGAUGACCAAGCCACACAGGUUAUUGAGGACAUGUCAGAUAACACUGUUAAGAAAUCUACAGAAAAGGUCAAGGGUCAGAGGGGACGUCCAAGGAGAAGAGGUAUGGGAAAGAAGGCCACUGAUGAGGGCGCAGCGCAAGUAGCUGAGGGUAAUCUAGGAGAGACCACAGAGGAACCAUAUGUAUCUGGUGGGGAAGAAGCAACACAAGUGUAUAGUAUGGAAGUAGAUGAGGAGGAUUUGGACCAACCCCAAGUCAGUGGACAAGCAAAGUCUGCAUCCCCCAGGCGUGGAAAAGACAAAGUAAAGAAGGACCUUAUCAACUUACCAGCACUUAAACCAAGUGAAGAGGAAACUGAGGCAGCCACACAGAGAUAUGGAGGAGAAGUUGAUGAGGAGGACACCCCACCACUUAGUGAGGAGGUUGUCCAAGAUAGUGAUGAAAUCUUGGGGAAAAGUCCAAUCAUACCACUCCCUCAAACCUCGCCUCACAAGUCUGCUCUCUCUAAUCCAGAGAAACGCCAAAAAAGCCCAUCUCCAAAGAGGGUAAAAUUUGCUGUUGAGAGCCAGUCUUCAGAAUCAACUAAUGGUGAUGAUGAUGUGAAAGCAGAGUCAUCUACUGGAAACACAGCUACAAGGUCAAAACUUGCAACUGCAGAGGUAAAAGUAAAGAAAAAUGUGACAAAAGGUCGAAAGUCAUUACCUGCAAUUUCUGUUGAAGAAAAAAAAGAAAUUACUAGCAGAAAACCCAGAGGUCGAAGGUCACUUCCGGUCUCCGAUUUAGAUCAUGUUGCACUUGAAAAAGAUGAAAAGAAAGAAGUGACUGAAAUGGAGGGUGUUGAAGGAUUUGGAAAGAAAGAACCAGAAGUGGAAGUAGAGACAACCACAGUAAGAAAAAGGGGUGGGAGAAGAUCAGCUGGGGUCAAAGUGAUUGAAGAACCAAAAAUUGAAGAUACAAAUACAGAAAGAAAAUCAACAUCGUCUGAAAAUGUAAAACAAAAAGAGGGAAGUAAUGUGAAUGGAAAAAGAGAUGCAAGAAGAGGUAGAAGUUUAACAAAGGAUUCAGAAAAAGUUGAGGAUACCAUUCUCAAAACAGUUGACAAGAGUGAUAAGGAGGUCGAACAAUUGCCUGUAGAAAAUAGUAGUAAAGGGUCUAAGGUUGAAACCUCUGUUGAAGAGGUCAAAGCAAGAGGUAGAGGUAAAAGGUCAGUCCAGGCUGGAGGGAGUGGAGACCCCAUGGAAAAAGACAAGACUAAGCUUGUUAGGAUAGGUGGUAGAAGAAAGGUAGAAGAGGCAGUGGAAACUGCUAGCACUGAAUCUACUCCUGAUAAUCCAGUACACACUGAAGAAUCUCCCUCAGUCGAAGAGGGGGAAGUAAAAGGAAGGAGUUCUAAAGGACGGAAAUCCAAACUGGCUACUUCUGAAAUAAAAUUUACAGAAGAAGAUAAAGAAGAAUGUGAGCCAGCAGAGGAAGUGAUAGAAAAAGGAAAGAAAAUGUCUAGAGGACGGCAAUCAAAACAACUUUCUGAAAAGGAGGCAACAGAGAAGGAAGCUGCUGAAGAUAAAAUUGUUCUUUCUGGAGGACGGGGUAAAAGAUCCAAGUCAAAACUAGUAGAAGAGGAGGAUUCAGCUGUAGUAGAAGGAGAAAAAAUUGAGAAAGAUAUUCAUACUUCAAAACAAGAGAGUAAGAAAGAUAAGGAAGUGAAGGACUCUAGUGAAGAAAUAGUAUCUAGAGGAGGAAGAAGAUCCAAACAGGUCGCCAAUAAUUCUGACAAAGUAGAACUUGUCAAGGAGGAAACUAGUAAGACUGUAGAUGAGGUUAUUACUGAGCAGGAGGACAAAGAAGAAGAAAAGAAAGGAAGGAGGACUGGAAGAGGAAGGAUACUGGGAAGAAAUUCUAAACUGGCACUAGAGGACAAGGAGGAAGUUAUUGUAAAAGAAAUGACUGAGGUCAAUGAGCCUCCAAAAUCAAGGCGAGGGGGUAGAGGGAAAAAAGUGAUAGAUUCCUCGCAGGAUUCUGUGGAGAGUGAGGAAAUUUCAACUACAGAUUUGGCCAAUAUGAGUGGCAUCUCUGAAAGAAAACCUCGUGGUAAGCAGAGUGUAGAAGUGAUGAGUGUGGACAGUAAAGUUGAGAGUCGGACUAGUAGAGGAAAGGCUAAACAAAAAGGAGACAGUGUGUCGGUGAAUAGUGAAGAAAUGGAGGAAUCAGAAAGUGAGGUCUCUACCUCCAGAAAGACUAAACCUAGAGGUGCAAAUAAAACUAAGGACAUUGGUGUUUCUGAUGAUAAAGAUUCUAAAGACGAACCUACUGAUAAGGAAAGUAAAGUUGAGCAAAGUAAAGGCAGGAAUAAGGGUAGAGGUAAAGUGUCAAAUUUGAAAGAGGAUGUGAAUAUAACAAAAUGUAGUGAGGAAAAUGACUUAAGUGAAGGUAGGAGAGGCAGAGGAAGGAAAACAGCUGACACAUCUGUAAGUGUGACACAUCAGGAAGAUCCAGGUGGAAGUUGUAAAGGAAAGACAGCAUCUCGAGGUAAACGAGGACACAGUCAGGACCAGGAUGCAGUUGAGUCACCAGCCAAGAAGACAAAGGAUAAAGUUACUCCAGGCACACCUGUCCAGUCUAAAACAGAUGUUUUAUCUGUGGACUCACCAUCUCUGAGAAGAAAGUCCAUGGACCCUAAGCCACGUGUGAUGUUCACAGGGAUGGUAGACGAACAAGGCCAGAAGACUGUGAAGGAUCUUGGUGGAGAAAUGGUGACUUCUGUCCGAGACUGUACUCAUCUAGUCACUGACAAGGUGCGACGAACAGUCAAACUGCUGUGCUGUCUUUCUCGAGGCAUUCCUAUUGUCCAGCCAACCUGGCUCAGCAGCAGUAAACAAACUGGUACAUUUAUACAGGAUGUGACGCCCUACCUAGUGAAGGACACAGCUGCAGAGAAACAGUAUAAGUUUUCUCUCCAGCGAUCCAUUGAACGAGCUAGUCAAGCCAGCGUGCUGCUUGAUUAUCGCAUUCAUGUAACAAAGUCCACACGUCCUGAUCCCUCACAGAUGAAAGAUAUUCUAGAAUGUGCUGGAGCUCAGUACCUUGAAAAUAUGCCAAGCAAGUCGGUGGAACGGACAGUGGUUGUAUCCUGUGAAGAGGACCAUAAACUUUGUCAGGAUGCACUGAAGGCUAACAUUCCAGUGGUGAAUGCAGAGUUUGUUUUGACUGGAAUCUUACAACAGGAAGCGAACCCCAGCAAUUUCCAGAUAUUUAAUAAUUCUAAGAAGAGGUCGGCAGAAAGCAGUGCUGAGGGACCAUUUAAACGAAGGCGUCGGUAGUACAUGUGUGAAGACUCGGUGGAGUGUGGGAGUCCGUAGUGCUCGUGUCGAACAUUCAAUGUAAUCUAGAUGUCUGUAGUACACGCAUGGACACCCAAUUUAGCAUAGGAGUCUGUUGUAUACAAAGUGGUCACAUGAUUUAAUGUGUAUGUCCAUAGUACACAUGCACUUGAAAUUCAGUGGACAUUAGUGCAGCAGUGUUUGCUAUUUAAUGGCAGCAUAUAGACUUGAAUAUGAGCUAUCAGAAAGCAGUGCCAAGAAGCCAACUCAAUGUAGAAAUUGGUUGGAUUGGACAUCUGUCCAGCAACAUGGUCUUGUGCUAGCAUGCUCACUCCAAUACUGACUUAGAUGUGAAUUAGUAGCAGCACAGGUUCAGGUUAAACUGGUUCACUAAUAUAUCAGGAUUUUAGUUGCAAUGUAAAAAACAGCUCAUUGUGAUACUUUGGAAUACUGACAUCAUUUGCAGCUAGGUGUGAUGAAACCUGUGAAUUAUCAUUGAAUUGAUAUGUCAUUUUUUAACAAUCCUGUUCAGGGUCCUGAGUUAUGAUGUUAACAUUUACUAUAGUCCUUGAUAAUUUAAGUUUUAUGUGAUGGGGAGUCAUUGAUUCAGUCCCAUGAGUAAAGAAUUGCUUUCCAUCAGCCUCUAUCAGUAAUACUUUCCCAGUGUCAGCCAUUAUCAGUAAUAUUUUUCUACUAUCAGCCCCAUCAGUAAUACUUUCCCUCUAUCAGCCCCCAUCAGUAAUACUUUCCCUCUAUCAGCCCCAUCAGUAAUACAUUCCCUCUAUCAGCCCCCAUCAGUAAUAUUUUCCCUCUAUCAGCCUUCAUCAGUAAUACUUUUCUACUAUCAGCCCCAUCAGUAAUACUUUCCUUCUAUCAGCCCCCAUCAGUAAUACUUUCCCUCUAUCAGCCCCCAUCAGUAAUACUUUCCCUCUAUCAGCCCACAUCAGUAAUACUUUCCCUCAAUCAGCCCCCAUCAGCAAUACUUUCCCUCUAUCAGCCCACAUCAGUAAUACUUUCCCUCUGUCAGCCCCCAUCAGUAAUACUUUCCCUCUAUCAGCCCCCAUCAGUAAUACUUUCCCUCUAUCAGCCCCCAUCAGUAAUACUUUCCCUCAAUCAGCCCCCAUCAGUAAUACUUUCCCUCUAUCAGCCUCCAUCAGUAAUACUUUCCCUCUAUCAGCCAUCAUCUGUAGUACUUUUCUACUAUCAGCCAUCAUCAGUAACUUUCUGUCUAUCAGCCACCUCUGUUAAGAUUUUUUCUUCAACAUCAGGGAAUGGUUCUCAUUCCUAUUUAUAGAACUUAUACAGUCUUUUUAACUGGUAACCAUGAUAAAUGAAUUGAUGGGGACUCCACUAUAUAUGUAUUAUGAAAAAAACAAUAUGACGCCUCUCAAAUCAGGAAGACAAUAUCAUGUAGCCAACAUAUAGAAAGUAAUUAAUGUUUUAUCGGCGAAUGUCUUGUGUAAGAGGAUUGUGAUUGGUUGGUUAUUAACUUAAGUAUGUUCUAUGCACAUGAAAUCUGUGAUGAUGUGUUUGCAUGUGAUGACUGAAAGUCUAGUGUGAAAGUGAAAGGGAAAUAGGAGGAAAUCAUUUUUUGUUCAAUGUUCAAAUAUAGGAUUUCAAUUUUAAAUAAUAUCUCAUUGGAUUUUGAAAGUGUGCAAAUAUUCCUACUAUGUCUAGUGAAGAAUUUUAAAUUAUCCUCAUUUAAGUCUCAUUAAAAUAUUAUUUUAA